AUGCCCGGUGGUUGGACACAGCAAAACGUGGAUAGCCAAGAUAUCAAGGAGCUAUCGUCACGUGCAAUGAAGAGUGUCAAUCAGCAAAUGAAUGACAUCCACUAUUGGAUUCCAAUUAAGAUAUUGAAAGCUGAAUCACAUGUUGUGGCUGGAACGGAGUAUAGACUCGAAAUUCUUGCGGCUCAAGCAGACUGCCUUAAAAAUCAAAUUUCUGCAGCGGAUUUCGAUGCAGCAAAUUGUGCCGAGAAAGAGGGAGGCGCCAAGAAGAUUUUCACCGUGAAUGUCUGGUCAAAACCAUGGGAGGACAACUUCGAGAAAGUCACGGUCACUGCGCAGAAAGCUGUCGAGUGA